GCUGCGAUCAUGGCUACAGCGGAUCCAGCAAAACACCUUCAGGACGAAGUCACUUGUUCCAUUUGCCUGGAUUACUUCAAGGAUCCAGUAAUGAUCACGGAGUGCCAGCACGACUUUUGCCGAGCCUGCGUCACUAUGUUUUGGAAAAGACCGGGAGCUUCCAUUUGCUGCCCGGAUUGCAGAAGAAAAGCUUCCUGGCAAAGCCUGAAACCCAACCGGCGCCUGGCGAACAUGGUGGAAGCCGCUAAGCAGCUCAGUCUGCAGCUGGAGCAAAGUCCAGGAAGGGAGAAAAUGUGCAAGGAGCACAAGAAGCCUCUGAGUCUCUUCUGCAAAACCGAAAAUACCCUUAUUUGCAUGUUCUGCGAGAGAUCCAAGGCUCACAGAAACCACUCUGUUAUUUCCGCAGAAACAGCUGCUGCGGAUUACAAGGGCAUACUACUUAGACAUCUAAAGGAACUGAAAAAAGAAAGAAGCAAGAUUCUGUCGGUUAAAUCAAAUGGUGAGAAGCCAUGCCAGGAGCUAUUGAAAGAGGCAGAAGCCAAGAGGGAGGAGAUUGUGUCUGAAUUACAAAAACAGCGGCAGUUUUUGGAGGAACAAGAGCAAAGCCAGCUGGCCAGGUUGGAAGACAUAAAAAGAGAGAUUGAGAAGAGAAGAAAUGAUUAUGCAAACAAAUUUGAGGAUGAAAUAUCCUACAUCAGCGAUCUGAUUGGUGAGAUAGAAAAGAAGGACAAUCAAUCAGCAGAUGGAUUCUUGGAGGGUAUUGGAAGCAUACUGGACAGAUGCGAGACAGAGAAAUUUCAGUUUCCAGCUACUCCUGCUUCUACAGACAUGAAGGAAAGGCUCAGGAAAUUCUCUCAAGAAAGUGCAUCUUUGACGAGUUCUCUGAGGAGAGUCAGAGACUGUUCUGAGCCCAACUGUUCUCAGUCCAACACGGACAAAUCAAAAUGGAUAAGAGAAAAUGUGGUGUUGGAUCCGGAUACAGCCCAUCCCAGAUGUAUUGUGUCUUCUGAUGGAAAAUCAGUACGGUGGGGAAAGGUCCGUCAGGACUACCCCUACAGUCCAAAUAGGUUUGAAUAUGCUCGCUGUGUGCUUGGAAUGCAAGGAUUCAGCUCCGGGAAACAUUAUUGGACGGUGGAUGUUGAGGAUGUUGACCAUUGGGCUGUGGGCGUAGCCAGAGCAUCUGUGGAGAGGGAUAGAGAAAUUGACUUUGAACCUGAUGAAGGGAUCUGGGCGAUGGGCUUUAGUUAUGAUCAGUACAAAGCUCUGACUUCACCUCCUACCAUUUUGGAACCAGAAGAGGAUCCAGUAGAGAUCCAAAUUUCUUUGAACUAUGAAGCAGGGACUGUGGCCUUUUAUGAUGCUGAAGAUAAGACCCGUCUCUUUAUUUUCCGGUCAAUUGAUUUUGAAGAGGAGGAAGUUUUUCCUUUUUUCCGGAUCGUCGAUUCGUCAACUUGCCUCCAGUUGGGCUCUUAAAGCACGUGGUCCUUGGCCUGUGCUUUGCCUUUCCUGGGUGCUCAGACGUUAGUACCAAAAAUCGGCUAAUAUCCAUUC